AUGCGGGGCUGGGCCGCGACUGAGGCGCUUUUCUCCCCUCACCAAUUUGCUUCCCGGCCACACACCUCCAUGCGCCGUCUUUCUUUGCAGUGUCACCUCCUAAAGUAAGUGCAGGCGAAGGCCCGGCAGCUGAGGAAGCAGCAGCAGCAGGAGGAGGCGCGGCCCGAGGGAGGGGAAGGGCAUCUCCCAGGAGGAGCCGACCCGGGGGCCGCGGGGCUGAGCCCCCGGGGUGAACCCGGGGAAAGAAGGAGGAAGAGGAAGGGGGAGAGCGAAGAGCAGGCCUGUGCGCAGGGACAGAAGAAGCUAAAGAAGAAACAACAGUCUGGCAGCUCUUCUGAAGAAUGGGCGGAUGCUGAGGAGGCAGCAGGUGGCGGCACUUCAUCGAAGAAGAAGAAAGAAAAUAGAAGAAAAUCGAAAGUGCCGCAAGAGAAGACUGACGCAGAUUCUGAAGAAGACACCAAACAACAGGAAAACAGAAGCAACCUUAAGAAUAAGUCUUCUAAAAGGAAGAAGAGGGAUGAGGAAACAGAGGAAGCUGAAACAAGGAAGAAAGACAACAGUGGAAGAGCUGAAGGAGAUCAAAGCACAAAGGAGGAGCUGUCCUUAGCAGCCUCAGAGGAAGAGGCAAAUCCUCCACCCUCCAGUUUCGUGGUUCUUGGAGACUACGACAGAAAGCCAGUGCAGAAGGUUCGGCCCUUCUUACCGCAGUGGCUCGCUGAACCCAAACUAGUGCAAAAACGUAUCAAAGAUAAUCUAGUUCCAAUCAGAGACGUCCCAGGAAUUCAUCCCAGGCUGUUGAAAAAGCUGCAAAUGAAUGGGAUAGAGUCCUUCUUUCCAGUUCAGGCAGAGGUUAUUCCUGCUAUUCUCCAGAGUGCAUCCAAUGGGUAUUUGAUGGGGCAGGGAGGAUACCGCCCCAAAGACAUCUGUGUCUCGGCACCUACUGGCAGUGGUAAAACCCUGUCUUUUGUCAUACCCAUAGUACAGGUUCUGCUACAUCGAGUAGUUUGCCAAGUACGAGCUCUGGUUGUUUUGCCCACCAAAGAACUGGCACAACAGGUGAGUAAAGUGUUCAACAUUUAUACUGACGGGACAGGUCUGAAGGUCGUUUUGAUUACUGGCCAGAAAUCUUUUGCAAAGGAGCAGGAGAUGCUUGUCCAGAAAAAAGUGACAGGCUACUGCAGCCUGGCUGAUAUUAUUGUGGCUACACCAGGGCGGCUCACAGAUCACAUUAGCCAGACCCCGGGGUUCAGCCUGACGCAGCUUCGCUUCCUGAUCAUAGAUGAAGCUGACCGUAUGAUCGAUGACAUGCACCAGAACUGUCUGAACCAAAUCGUCAAAGCUGCAUUCCAAGUGGAAAACGACUCUGGCUCCAACAUGCUUUUUCAGAGGACCAAACCAGGGCCUAUAACAGCAGCCAGCUCCUGCUAUCCUCAGAUACCCUUACAGAAACUGCUGUUUUCAGCCACGCUGACCCAGGACCCAGAGAAACUGCAGCAGCUGGACUUAUUCCAGCCUCGCCUCUUCACGUCUGUCUAUUCUGAGAAAAAAACACUUGGAGAUGGAACAGAGACUGAACAAGACACUAAGAAAUACACACUCCCCGAGGGGCUAUCGCAAUGUUACGUGCCUUGUGACCUGAAUUCCAAGCCUUUGCUCCUCUUGCAUUUCAUGCUGACGAUGAAAUUUACCCGUGUGCUGUGCUUUACCAACUCCAGGGAAGCUUCUCACAGAUUGUUCCUGCUGGUUCAAGCCUUUGGUGGAGUCACUGUGGCUGAAUUUUCUUCUCGGUUAUCUCCAAAUGAGAGACAGAGAACCAUGAAGGAAUUUGAACAAGGAAAAAUACAACUGUUAAUCAGCACAGAUGCCACUGCACGAGGGAUUGACAUUAAAGGAGUGAAUUAUGUAAUAAACUAUGAUGCGCCUCAGUUCAUCAGGACAUAUAUUCACCGAGUUGGAAGAACGGCUCGUGCAGGAGAAGCGGGCGUCGCUUUCAGCUUGGUCCUUAGAAUUCAGGAACGUAGGUUUCUGCGGAUGUUGAAGGAUGCCGGCAUCCAAGACGUAAAGAAGCAACCAGUGAAGGGCAACUCAUUAAAGCCGUUGGUGCAGCAAUAUGAGGAAGCUCUGUGUAAGCUUGAGAAGACAGUCAAGAACGAGCGAGCACAGAAACGAACUGGAAUGAAUGGAAGAUGA